AUGGGCGUUGCUAGAAGAUUGCGGGGCAAGCAGAGCCCGCAUGCGCAGGAGCGACGCUUGCGGGGCAAGCAGCGGCCGCACGCAGCGCAAGCCGAACCCCAAGCUGCACCAACAGAUCCGGCAGAACAAGCGAAAGUAGCAGCGCAACUUGCACAUGAAGUACUUCCAUUGCCGACAGAUAUCUUCAGCCGCGUGUGCAACGCUAAGAGAAAAGUGCAACACGAGAUCAGAGAGGAACCCGCAACGAAGAAAACCAAGAUAGAUUUUGUGAAGCAGGAGCCGGAGACUUCGGAGUGCUUCCAGCCCCUGCACCGGGGCAUUCCAAGCUUAUCAGUGCCAAGUCUGCGGACCAAUACCAGGGCGCGGCGUCGAUUGACCUUAACAUGUAAAGCCAAGAAGGAAAUGCAACACGAGAUCAAAGACGAACCCGCAACGGAAACAGCCAAGUUGGACUUUGUCAAGGAGGAGCCGGAGACUUCGGAAUGCUUGCAACCCCUUCACCGGAGCAUUGCAAGCCUGCAGUCCACUGCUAGUGAGCCAGCCAAGCUACUUGGGAGACGAUUGACCUUCAUCGCUUGCAAAGCCAAGAGAAAAGUGAAGCACGAGAUCAAAGAGGAACCGGCGGCGAAGAAAGCCAAGAUAGGUUUUGUGAAGCGGGAGCGGGAGACUUCGGAGUGCUUCCAGCCCCUUCACCGGAGCAUUGCAAGCCCAUUGGUGUCAAUUCUGCGGACCAAUACUAGGGAGCCAGCCAAGCAACUUGGGAGACGGUUGACCUUCGCGCCGGGUGUGGACCACUACCGGAUUGAAUGCUACAAGCAUGAGGACCUGUGGCGCCGCUCGCAUUUCGCGCAGAGCUAA